AUGAAUAUGUUGGAUGAUGAAGAUGACCAAAGCUUUCACGCUACGCGUGACGGCUACUCCCAAUUGAGCGAUGUCGAAUGGGAUGCGGUUGAACGAAUGGGUUCGACCAUGGGCAUCCAUGCUGUUAGCGUCAUGCUAGAGGCUCUCAAUAGAGAUGCCCAACAUGCUACUAUCGCCAAGUUCAUCCAAAAUGAACUUGACGCUGAACGCGAGAAAGUAGCCUUGCUUCACCAACAAGGUUCUCAACAAGCAGAGUUGUUGAGAGAACAAGGUGCUCAACAGUUUGAACUGUUGAGACAGCAGCAGGCUGCUGCUGGCGGGUCGAUGCACUCGCGUCGGCCCGAGACUUUGAAGAUUGACAUCUCCAAGUAUAGAGGGGUCGAAGAAGACUCCCUCUUGAGAUGGUUCGUCGAAUUGGAUGACGCCAUAAGGGCGCGUCGCAUCGACGACGGGGAUAUGCAAGUUGCAUUUGCCCAGUCAAAUCUGGCAGGACGUGCCAAGACUUGGGCACUGGGGCUCAAGCUGCACGACCCAUAUGCGUUUGGGUCGUUGACAGUCUUCAAGUCGCGGCUCAGACAAACGUUUGAACCGCCUAGAGCUGAGUUCAGGGCUCGAACCGAACUCUUGAAGCUCAAGCAGGGUAAGCGUGAUGUGCACGCUUACGCUCAACAUAUACGACAUCUUACGCGUUGUAUAAGUUCCAAUCCAGUGGAUGAACACACGUUGGUUUCGGUGUUCAUGCAGGGUCUUGCGGAUGGUCCCGUCAAGACUCACCUGUUCCGGCUUGAACUAGAUUCACUAGAACAAGCCAUUUCCAUUGCGGAGCAGGAAGACUUCAGUCUGAGACAGGCUCGCGCCAGCUCGACAUAA